AUGAGCAGUGGUUGCAAGACUAAUCUCCAGAAGAGCUAUUAUCACAGGGCAUCAGCUCAGCCUUUCCUUGGAAAGACCUUCCACGAACUACAAGAUGAGGCCACAAGACAAUUUCCAGAUAGAGAUGCACUCGUGUUCUGUGAUAGCGGCGUGAGAAUAUCAUUUAAACAAUUUUCAGAUGAUACCAAUCACCUUGCAAGUGAUUUAGUGAAGAUUGGUCUGAAAUCUGGUGAGCGAGUUUGUCUCUGGAUGGGUGAUGGAUACGAGUGGAUACUGUUGAAUUCAGCUGCUAUUAGAGCUGGACUAAUUGCACUUGAAUUGGCAGAAUUACAAUCAUCCGAUCAUUUGACAUACAUACUGAAUAAAACAGAAUGUGCAGCUAUGUUUGUUGGCUUAAGCCAACAUGAUCAAUAUGAAAAAUUAAAACAAGUUUCUCCCGAUAUAGAAUCUGACACACCAACAUUAUCUCGUGUACCAUCAUUGCGUUACAUCAUAACAUUCGACGAUGACUGUCCUCUCAUUGGAUGUAGCAUCGUAAUGCACGAGGGCAAACUUCGAGGUCGUGGCGGACUAGAAGAAUAUCAGGUAAUUAAGGAUUUGAAGAGCAAAGUUAGUGCAGAUGAUCCUUGUAUGAUAACCUUUACGUCUGGCAGCACUGGACACCCCAAACCCGUGGUUCGCUCACAAAGAAGCACCUUGGAAAAUAUAUAUGCCUCUAAGUGUGAUGCUACAGCUGAUGAACACAGUGUUAUAAAAGUUCUGAAGUUAGGGUCCUUUGUGUCAUCAUGUGGCUUAUACCAAGCUAUGCUUCUAACCUGGGGUGCUACUCUGGUUUCACCAAGACCGACAGAAGAUUUCACUGGUGCACUGGAAGCUAUCGAAAGUGAACGAUGUAAUUUCGUACAGUUGUUUCCUCAACAUUUAUCACAAGCUGUCAAUCAACAAAAUAUCAAGAGUUUUGAUGUGUCAUCGUUGCAGCGAUGUUGGUGUACUGGAAAUGUCUUCCCACAAGGCAUUGUUCUGAAUGCUGUAAAAUUACUAUGCACUAAUGCAGUUGUCGUUUAUGGAACAAGAGAACUAUCUAUAUCGGCAUCGGGGACGUAUCAUAUACAUUAG